GACCGCGUCUACUCCGCCGAGAGCCCGAGGAUAUACAUACAUACAUCUAGAUACACACAUAUACACACACAAGCAAGUCUCCGAUCCCGAAAUAUGGACGUUUACAGAAUGUCUAACCACAACCAAAUGGAUUUUAACCUGGACAACAUGGAGGCCAAACACGGGAAAGUGUUACCUUGCCACGACGACCGCUUUGACAGCGGCCUGGAUUCCUUAAAGGAGGACGAGUUGGUGAACGACUUUGAGGACCUGAGGGUGACCUCCUGCGAGCCCGCUCCGAAGGAUAACGAACCGUGGAGAGCCGCCGUGUCAGAGGAUGGCGAUACGUUUCUACACUUGGCCAUUAUUCACGAAGCCACAGAACACGCCAACCAGAUGAUCAAGCUGUCUCACAAUCACCCCUUCCUCAACGUGCAGAACCACCAAAGACAGACCGCGCUCCACUUGGCAGUGAUCACAGAGCAACCUCAGCUGGUGGAGAGGCUCCUGAAGGCCGGGUGUGACCCGCGGCUAGUGGACCACAGCGGCAACACCGCCCUGCACAUCGCCUGCAAGAAGGGCUCUCUCGCGUGCUUCAGCGUCAUCACCCAGAACUGCCCACGCCACCUCACCUCCAUCCUCUCUUACCCCAACUACAGCGGUCUCAACUGCCUCCACCUAGCGUCUGUCAACGGCUACCUGUCAUUGGUGGAAAGCCUCAUUCAGCUUGGUGCAGACAUCAAUGCACAGGAACAGUGCAGCGGUCGGACGGCGCUCCACUUGGCUGUGGAUUUCCAGAAUCCGAUACUGGUCCACCGUCUAAUCGCCCUUGGUGCCAACGUCAACAGCCUUACGUAUGGUGGCUACACGCCCUACCAUCUAACCUAUGGGCGCCAGAACGAGGAGAUCCGCUGCCAGCUGUACGACAGGACGGCGCAGGAGUUGAGGGAGCUGCCUGAGAGUGAAUCGGAUGAGAGCGAUGUCGAGGAGCUGGACCUGUCUGACGAUGAGAUUUAUGAUGACAUAAUGUUUGGGAAGUAAAAUGAAAGAGUCAUCUUCAUUUGGUUGGUGGUGAAAGAUGAUGAAGCUGCUAUGGAGUUGCCCAGCCAUAGAGCAGAGGGGCUGUAUUAGCACCCCCCCUGUCCCUGAGGAGGUCCACUUGUCCUGCUAAGAGGUCCAGAGCUGGCCCCGGGUUCACAUAAGAGAAUGAAGUGGGGGCUUCUGGUCGAAUCCAGUCUGGAUUGCAAAACUCAGAAUGACCAGCAAAGAUCCAAGGCACCAAGAUCCAUUGUAUAACAAAAUAUUGACCUCAGACAGUCCUCAUAUUCAUGUGUAUAUACCAGACAUAUAUGUAAUAUAGUGUAAAUACAGAGAUACUAUUUUUUAUACCUGUGAAUAUACUUUUCAUCGUGAAUUGAAACACUAUUGAGGUGAAAAAAGAAAUCCUUAUGAAUAAAAUAACUUCUAUGAAUAUAAA